AUGACAGGCAAGAAUGUGAGCAAAGCUCCUAAGAUUCAGAGGCUGGUAACUCCCUUGACUUUGCAGAGAAAGAGAGCCAAAAUUUUCGAUAAGAAGAAGAGGAUUGCGAAGGCCAAGGCAGAAGCUGCUGAGUACCAAAAGCUUCUCACUUCUAGAUUGAAAAAGCAGAGGGAGAGGCAGAGUGAGAGCUUGGCCAAGAAGAGAUCUAGACUAUCUGCAGCCUUUAAGCCAUCUAUUGCACCUGUGGUGUCGCAGUGGCGUCGUAGUGAUGAUGCUAGUGUGAAUUUGCACAUCGAGCUGGCCGAACUGGUAGUCUUGGCAGCAGGGGUAUUGUGGUCACCAUAUGCGAGGUGCCAGAAGUCUUUGUCGUUAAGAAGCGCAGCUUGGGUUCUACCAAAUAUGUCACGAAUAUGCGUGAAGAACUUGCCAAGAUAUGUGCCAGAUGACCGCCUCAGAGAAUUCUUCUCACAGAAAGGCGAAGUUACUGACGCCAAGCUCAUGCGCACCAAGGAUGGGAAGAGCAGACAGUUUGGAUUUGUGGGAUACAGGACUGAGCAAGAAGCAAAGGAAGCCAUUAACUACUUUCACGGGUCUUUCAUGGAUACUUGCAAAAUUCAUUGCGAGAUUGCUCGGAAGGUUGGAGAUCCGGAAAUACCACGUCCAUGGAGUCGGUACUCAUCAAAGAAACAGGAGAGUUCAUCUGGAGCGGAAAAUAAAUUAAAUGUUCCUAAAGGUUCUAAAGUUGUAGCAGCAAAAGGGGAGAUUAAGAAGAGUAAGAAGGAUGUUGGGAAUGAUGACCCUCAAUUUCAAGAGUUUCUACAGGUCAUGCAGCCGCGUAGCAAGUCAAAGUUGUGGGCAAAUGAUGCCCCUACAGUUCCCUCUCUUGAGAAAGGUAAAGAUACUAGUAACAGGAAACUCCAAGUAAAAGGUAGUCAUUGGAAAUUAGAUGAACUGAGCGCUCAGUUUGAAGGAACUGUGGGAAAUGAAAAUAUAUUGUCGGAGAAUCAAGUGGCUGUUAAAGCAGACAGUUUAGUUCACAAUGAAGUUGCAUCUGAUAUGGAUUACUUCAAGAGCAGAGUUAAAAAAGAGUGGUCAGAUUCAGAAAGUAAUGACGAUGCUGAUGACUCUGAUGUGGAUGAUGAUUGUGACAGCAGUGGUAAGACUCUGAACAAAAACAACCAUGGUCCUGUUGGGGAUACACUCGAACCGGAAAUUUCUGAAGGGGAGACUGAAGAUGUCUCCUCUGAAAUAUCUAGUGAGAAAAUAUACCACUCCGACGAGAAAGAAGGAAUCCUUGAGACCGGCCGCCUAUACAUCCGUAAUCUGCCCUACACUGCCACCGAAGAGGAGUUGGAAGAACACUUUAGAAAAUUUGGUGACAUCUCAGAGGUCCAUAUUGUUGUUGAUAAAGAUACAAAACGGUCCAAGGGCAUAGCAUUUGUUCUUUAUGCUCUUCCAGAAUCUGCUUCUAGAGCUUUGGAAGAGUUGGACGGCUUAGAUUUUCAAGGGAGAUUAUUGCAUAUCAUGCGAGCAAAAGAGAAGAAUCCUUCUGAUAAGCAAGAGACCAAUAAUUUUACCCAACAAUCGUCGAAGACGCUUAAACAGACGAGAAAUGAGGAAAGGAAGGCUUCUGAAGCCAGUGGAAAUACACGAGGAUGGAAUAGUUUAUUCAUGAGACCUGACACAGUCGUUGAAAACGUUGCACGAAAAUUUGGUGUUAGUAAAAGUGAAUUACUAGAUAGAGAAGCUGAUGAUCUAGCUGUGCGCAUUGCAUUGGGAGAAACUCAAGUGAUUUCCGAGACAAAAAAAGCUCUUUCAAAGGCUGGAAUUAAUGUUUCCUCAUUAGAGGAGUUCACCUCUGGGAAAACUGAUGGUUUGAAGAGAAGCAACCAUGUUAUCUUGGUGAAGAACUUGCCCUAUGGUUCAUCUGAAAGUGAACUGGCCGAUAUGUUUGGGAAAUGUGGCAGGUUGGACAAAAUCAUUCUACCGCCCACAAAAACGCUGGCUUUGGUUAUAUUUGUUGAAGCAGCUGAAGCACGUGCAUGUUUUAAAAGUUUAGCGUACAAGCGUUACAAGGAUGCUCCACUGUAUCUGGAAUGGGCGCCUGGUAAUAUUCUAAGUCCAACUCCUACCUCAAUGGGUGAUUCAAAUGAUAAUGUUAUUGUGGAUGAACAUGACUCGAAGAGAGUUUUGCUUGAGCAACAGCUGGAAGAUAUAACAGAUAUGGAUGUUGAUCCUGAUAGAAUUGAGUCUCGCUCAGUGUAUGUAAAGAACCUGAAUUUCAAAACAUCAGAUGAGAACUUGACGAGGCAUUUCUCAGAGCACUUAAAGGAAGGAAGAAUACUUAGUGUCAGGGUGAAGAAGCAUCUAAAAAAUGGAAAGAACGUUUCAAUGGGUUUUGGUUUCAUAGAGUUCGAUUCUGUUGACACAGCAGUGAAUGUUUGCAGGGAUUUGCAGGGAACUGUUUUGGAUGGGCAUGCCCUCGUAUUGCAACUUUGUCAUGCUAAAAAGGAUGAAAACCACCAUAAAAAAGUUGAUAGCGGCAAGAGUUCAACAAAAUUGAUAGUAAGGAAUGUAGCUUUUGAGGCAACAGAGAAAGACCUUAGACAACUGUUUAGUCCAUUUGGCCAGGUAAAGAGUUUAAGGCUGCCAAUGAAGUUUGGCAACCACAGAGGUUUUGCUUUUGUAGAGUAUGUUACAAAGCAAGAAGCUCAUAAUGCCCUUCAAGCUCUUUCAAACACCCAUUUGUACGGUCGUCACCUGGUUCUUGAGAGAGCCAAAGAAGGUGAGAGCUUAGAGGAAUUGCGCGCUCGAACAGCUGCCAAGUUCACAGACACCACUAAGUUAUCGAAAAAGAGGAAGCACAUGGCUGUAUUGGAUGAAGGAAAUGUUAAAUUUCAACGAAUUGCAGAUUAG